GCGGGUCUCGGCGUCGCGCGGGGGGCCCCGCGGGGGCCCCGGGUGGGAGCGGCCCUGGCGACGAGGCCGGCCGUCUGCCCUCGCGUCCCUCUCCAGGAGCUGUUUCCGCGCCCCGCCUCGGGGCAGCCCAGGAGGUCUGGGGCGACCGGGAAAGCGGGGCUCCCGGAGGGAGCGGCCCCGGUGACGUGGCCCGGCCCGCGCGUGGGGCUGCUUGUGACGCCGGCUGGAAAGCGCAGGGCCUGGGCUGGGGUCCAGCGUCUCAGAUACUCGUCUGUGAAAUGGUGGCAGUAACCUUUAGGGUCGCUUGCCGCAUUGAGUGGGGUAGUAGUUAUAAAGUAUGGUCAAGGACUCAAUAAAGGUGAUUCCUGGAGCUGCAAGAUAAGGUCUCCUAUGACUUCUGUCUUCCAACUUUCCCUGCUCUGGUUUCAUAGUUUCUACCCUUUCCCAAGAACAGCAGAAAAUGAACAAGUUCCGGAUUGAACUGAAGUAUGUUGUUCCAGGGACCAGUGACACUAAAGGAUGUUACUGUGGAAUUCACCAAGGAGGAAUGGAAAUUACUGACCCCUGCUCAGAGGACCCUGUACAAGGAUGUGAUGCUGGAAAACUAUCGUCACCUCGUCUCAGUGGGUUAUCGUGUGAAUAAGCCAAAUGGAGUUUUCAAGUUGAAGCAAGGAAAAGAGCCAUGGGUAUUAGAAGUAGAAUUUCCACAUCGGAGCUGCCCUGAAGAUCUAAGGAAUAUUCAUGACCUAGGAGCAAGAAACCAGGAAAGCCAAGCUGGAAAUUCAAGGAAUGGAGAACUCAAAAAACAUCACAAAACUCAUACCGGAGAGAAAGCCUAUGAAUGUAAGGAAUGUGGAAAAUUCUUCUGCCAGAAGACUGCCCUCAUAGUACAUCAGCAUAUUCAUUCAAAGAACAAAUCCUAUGACUGUGAUAAAUGUGGGAAAUCUUUCUCUAAAAACGAAGAACUCACAAUACAUCAGAAAACUCAUAACAGAGAGAAAACGUAUGAAUGUAAAGAAUGUAAGAAAAUUUUCUAUCACCUGUCAUCUCUUAGUAGACAUCUGAGAACCCAUGCAGGGGAGAAACCCUAUGAAUGUAAUCAGUGUGGGAAAUCCUUCUACCAGAAGCCACAUCUAGUUGAACAUCAGAAAACACACACAGGAGAGAAACCUUUUGAAUGUACUGAAUGUGGGAAGUUCUUCUAUGUGAAGGCAUACCUCAUGGUACAUCAGAAAACACACACAGGGGAGAAACCCUAUGAGUGUAAGGAAUGUGGGAAAGCCUUUUCCCAGAAGUCACACCUCACAGUACAUCAGAGAACACACACAGGAGAGAAACCCUAUAAAUGUAAGGAAUGUGGGAAAUUCUUUUCUAGGAAUUCACAUCUCAAAACCCAUCAGAGAACUCACACAGGAGAGAAACCCUAUGAAUGUAAGGAAUGUAGAAAAUGCUUCUACCAGAAGUCAGCCCUCACAGUUCAUCAGCGAACUCACACAGGAGAGAAACCUUUUGAAUGUAAUAAAUGUGGGAAAAACUUUUUUUAUAAAUCAGACCUCACUAAACAUCAGAGAAAACACACAGGGGAGAAGCCCUAUGAAUGUACAGAAUGUGGGAAAUCUUUCUCUGUGAAUUCAGUCCUCAGAUUACAUCAAAGGACCCAUACAGGAGAGAAACCUUAUAAAUGCAAGGAAUGUGGGAAAUCCUUUUCUCAGAAGUCACAUUUUAUCAUACAUCAGAGAAAACAUACAGGGGAGAAACCCUAUGAGUGUCAGGAGUGUGGAGAGACCUUUAUCCAGAAGUCACAACUCACUGCACAUCAGAAGACACACACAAAGAAGGGAAAAGCUGACAAGUAGCAUGAGUUGAGAAAUCCUGUCGGAAUUCAUCCUUC